GCCGCUCUACUCGCAGGGAAGGCGGCGCCGGCGGCGGCUGCUGUAGCUGCGCCCGCUCCCUUGCGCUGCCCUCCCGCAGCGGGUGGGCUCCGUGACCCCCGACCGGCCGCGGCCCCUGCCGGGCGGCGGCCACCAGACUUCACCUCCCCUCCGCGAGGACAUCCCGGUCCUUGUGGUCCAUCCCGGGGGCUUCCCUGCGGAGCUCGUUCGGGCACCCAACUUUGCCUCGUUGCCCGUCGCCCCCACAGUGAAAGAACCUGCUUCACCCCCCGGCCAGCUGCGCUCCAGGGGACCGUGAACCUGCCGCUUAAGUGGCAUCCCCCGCCGGGAGCGUAGCAAGUCGGGUGCGGCUCUGGGGAAGUGGAGGGGGCGGUGGCGGUUGCUGCCUCGACUUCCCUCGCCGGGCACUGAAGAGGACACUCAGAUCUCUCCGGGGUUCCAGGCGCUGGAUGACUGGUACGAGGAGCGCGCAUCGCACCUGUGUCAGUGUGUGAGAGUUGGGCUUGAGUGUGCAGACGGCUGUGGACUUUUAGUGUGAUACAUGAUUGAAGAAACACUCCACGCUCUUCCUCCUCGGCACGUUUCCCACAUGACGGGAAGGCGAGCUUCUGGUUAGAAGGCAACUGCACAGAGUCAGACCCUCCUGCCCACCAUGAAGGGAACCUGUGUCAUCGCGUGGCUCUUCUCCAGCCUGGGCUGGUGGAGACUCGCCCAGCCUGAAACAGACGCCUCUCAGUGCCAGAGAGCAGAGCACCCGGUCAUUUCCUAUAAAGAAAUUGGCCCCUGGUUACGGGAGUUCAGAGCGAAGAAUGCUGUGGAUUUCUCGCAGUUAACAUUUGACCCAGGACAGAAAGAACUUGUUGUAGGAGCAAGAAACUACCUCUUCAGGUUACAGCUUGAGGAUUUGUCUCUGAUCCAGGCUGUGGAGUGGGAGUGUGAUGAAGUGACCAAGAAGGCCUGUUACAGUAAGGGCAAAUCGGAGGAUGAGUGUCAGAACUACAUCCGGGUGCUUUUGGUGGGUGGCGACCGGUUGUUUACCUGUGGGACCAAUGCUUUCACACCUGUCUGCACCAACCGCACGUUGAAUAACCUGACCGAGAUCCAUGAUCAGAUCAGCGGCAUGGCCCGCUGUCCCUACAGUCCCCAGCACAAUUCCACGGCUCUGCUCACAGCCAGCGGGGAGCUGUACGCUGCUACAGCCAUGGAUUUCCCGGGACGCGACCCCGCCAUUUACCGAAGUCUGGGUGUCUUACCGCCUCUCCGCACGGCCCAGUACAACUCCAAGUGGCUCAAUGAGCCAAACUUUGUGUCAUCUUACGACAUUGGGAAUUUCACCUACUUCUUUUUCCGAGAAAAUGCUGUGGAGCAUGACUGUGGGAAGACCGUGUUCUCCAGAGCUGCCCGGGUCUGCAAGAACGACAUUGGGGGGCGGUUCCUGCUGGAGGACACCUGGACCACGUUCAUGAAGGCCCGCCUGAACUGCUCCCGCCCCGGCGAGGUCCCCUUCUACUACAAUGAACUGCAGAGCACUUUCUUCCUGCCUGAGCUGGACUUGAUCUACGGCAUCUUUACCACCAACGUGAACAGCAUCGCUGCUUCGGCUGUGUGCGUCUUCAACCUGAGCGCCAUCUCGCAGGCUUUUAACGGGCCCUUCAAGUACCAGGAGAACUCACGCUCUGCCUGGCUGCCGUAUCCCAACCCCAAUCCCAACUUCCAGUGUGGCACGGUGGACCAGGGAAUGUACGUGAACCUGACAGAACGGAACCUGCAGGAUGCCCAGAAGUUCAUACUGAUGCAUGAGGUGGUGCAGCCAGUGACCCCAGUGCCCUCCUUCAUGGAGGACAAUAGCCGCUUUUCCCACGUGGCCGUCGACCUGGUACAGGGCAGGGAUGCCCUCAUCCACACCAUCUACUUGGCCACAGAUUAUGGCACCAUCAAAAAGGUGCGGGCGCCCCUGACCCAGAGCUCUGGCAGCUGUGUGCUGGAAGAAAUCGAACUCUUCCCCGAGAGACGGCAGGAGGCCAUCAGGAGCCUGCAGAUCCUGCACAGCCAGAGGGUCCUGUUCGUGGGCCUGCGGGAGCACGUGGCCAAGAUCCAGCUGAAGAGGUGCCAGUUCUACCGCACACGCAGUGCCUGCAUCGGGGCCCAGGACCCUUACUGUGGCUGGGAUGCGGUGACGAAGAAAUGCACCAGCCUGGAGGAGAGCCUGAGCAUGACUCAGUGGGAGCAGACCAUCGCCGCCUGUCCUACAAGGAACCUCACUGUGGAUGGGCACUUUGGCGUGUGGUCCCCGUGGGUGCCCUGCACGCACACAGAUGGCAGCGCCGUGGGAACCUGCCUCUGUCGCACUCGCUCCUGUGACAGCCCGGCCCCCCAGUGUGGCGGCUGGCAGUGCACAGGCCCCCGCAUGGAGAUCACCAACUGUUCCAGGAAUGGAGGCUGGACCCCCUGGACCUCCUGGUCUCCCUGCAGCACCACCUGCGGGAUCGGCUUCCAGGUGCGCCAGCGGUCCUGCAGCAACCCCACACCCCGGCACGGCGGUCGGGUGUGUGUGGGGCAGAACCGCGAGGAAAGAUACUGCAAUGAGCAUCUGCUGUGCCCCCCACACAUGUUCUGGACAGGCUGGGGUCCUUGGGAGCGGUGCACAGCCCAGUGCGGGGGCGGCAUUCAAGCUCGCCGCAGGACUUGUGAGAACGGGCCCGACUGUGUGGGCUGCAAUGUGGAGUACCAGCCCUGUAACACCAACUCAUGCCCUGAGCUGAAGAAGACCACACCCUGGACGCCCUGGACGCCUGUCAACAUCUCUGACAAUGGAGGCCACUAUGAGCAGCGAUUUAGAUACACAUGCAAAGCCCGCCUGCCUGACCCAAACUUGCUGGAAGUUGGAAGACAGAGAAUCGAAAUGCGGUACUGCUCUAGUGAUGGAACCAGCGGCUGCUCCACGGAUGGUCUCUCUGGUGAUUUCCUGCGUGCUGGGAGAUACUCUGCCCACACCGUCAACGGGGCUUGGUCAGCCUGGACGUCAUGGUCACAGUGCAGCCGAGACUGCAGCAGGGGCAUCCGGAACCGGAAGCGCGUUUGCAACAACCCUGAGCCCAAGUACGGGGGCCUGCCCUGCCUGGGCCCCUCCCUGGAGUACCAGGAAUGCAACAUUCUGCCCUGCCCAGUGGAUGGCGUGUGGUCUUGCUGGUCCCCCUGGUCCAAAUGCUCAGCGACCUGUGGCGGUGGACACUACAUGAGGACCCGCUCGUGCACAAACCCAGCCCCAGCCUACGGUGGAGACAUCUGCCUGGGGCUGCACACAGAAGAGGCUCUCUGCAACACGCAGCCCUGCCCUGAGAUGUGGUCGGAGUGGUCAGACUGGUCUGAGUGUGACGUGUCUGGGGUCCAGGUCCGCGCCCGCCAGUGCGUCCUGCUGUUCCCAGUGGGCAGCCAGUGUUCAGGGAACACCACGGAGAGCCGGCCGUGCGUUUUUGAUUCCAAUUUCAUCCCAGAAGUAUCUGUGGCAAGAUCCAGUAGUGUAGAAGAGAAAAGGUGUGGAGAGUUCAACAUGUUCCACAUGGUUGCUGUGGGGCUGAGCAGCUCCAUCCUGGGCUGCCUUCUUACGCUCCUGGUCUACACCUACUGCCAGCGGUACCAGCAGCAAUCCCACGAUGCCACUGUCAUCCACCCCAUCGCGCCCGCCCCUCUCAACACCAGCAUAACGAACCAUAUCAACAAACUGGACAAGUACGACUCGGUGGAGGCCAUCAAGGCAUUUAAUAAAAACAACUUGAUCCUAGAGGAAAGAAACAAAUACUUCAACCCGCAUCUCACCGGGAAGACUUAUUCCAACGCCUACUUUACAGAUCUCAAUAAUUAUGAUGAGUACUAAUAGUUGUUAUAUUUUUGGCUCCUUGAAAUUCCCCAGUUCCUCAAGGCCUGUGCUCCAUGACUGCCCAUGUUUCUGAGACUUCAGAGAUGAAGUUUGGGUACAUUUCAAGUGCAUUUCAAGCCGCAAGUGUCCCAUUGCUGCCAAAAGUAGAUGUCCUUAAAAGCAACCAAAAUCUAAAUAUGACGUUGUGAAAAUCUGCUCUACAAUACUUGGUCGUAUUGUUGAAUGAGCCACGAUGUGGAGUUUCUUUUUGUGCUCAGUCCAUUUCUUUAACAAGUCAGUUGUUUCCUUGAGCUUUUUAAUAAAUGUACCAUCUGCAUUGGAAGGAGACUUUAGAAAUAGGAGCCUCUUCUUGCUCUGGAGCAUAAAUCUUCAUGAUGUUUUAAGUCAAGAAAAUAGUCACUUUUUAUGAGAGAGCCCCCUACACACAUGUAGACAGACACACACAAGGAGGGCUUAGGUCCAUGGUAUUGAUAAAAUGAAGAAUUUGAAUGUGGUCGUACAGUGACUUCUGUGAAUCUCCCAUCUCCCCCAUCUGGAGAAUACUGUGCAAUUCUAGGAAGCCACUUGUGUGCUUGGACAUGGAGUGAUUCAUGCCGGAGGAAGCCCAGGAUGCAACCUGGUUUGCAUCUGCAGAGGUGAUUAUAUGGGCUCUGAGACACCCCAUCCUUGGUCCUGAUGCAGUUCCUGUGUUACCACUUGGGGAGGUAAGCGGAAAGAGGAGAGGCAAGGACACAGUGAAGGGGAGAUUGUUCCGCAGGUUGCUGCAAAACCAGCCUUAUUCUGACUUUGGGAUGUCAUGGCAUUCCAGGGAGCACCUGGCCAUGCAGUUGGCCUGGAUGCCCACCUGUCUGGUCCAUCAUAACGUCCUGAAGAGCAAGUCUGUAAAAUAAUGACUCGUGUAGCAUUUGCAUAGACCCUACACUUCCUCUCUCCCUGUGAAGAAAAAAUCUUGAACACUAAUGAUGCCCCUGAAGACAGUAUUGAAAGUACUAAAAUGUAAUUGUAAGAGACUUUAAAAAAAUUUCUCAUGUUAUGGAAAGUACUGAAAGAACUAACGUUCAUUUUCCAUUUCCCUGAAUGAACUGACGUCUGGCGAUCGGCCCCUACCAAGAGCAUUAAUGAUGUGUGAAGCUUGCUUUCUGCUGCUCGUUGCUGUGUUUAGUGAGCUGCUCCCCCCAGCUCCCAGGUGGCGUUGCCACCUCUGGGUCAGGUGAGGAGGAGACGUUUAGCUCUGGUGCCUUUUGGUUUUAACCUAGUGUUGCCUUCCCAUCCACUCACCCCCACGUCUCCCUGCAUGGAGGCCACAGUGUUUCAACAUGUAGCCUGAGAAAUCGGGGUACUCAGAAGUAGGGUUUUUAUUGAUUGUUUUGUUUCUGAGCAUUUCAGGGUAUUAUACAAUUCAUAGUGGUCCCCAGUAGGGGAAAAAAAAGGAUAAAUUAUUCACCAACAGCUGAUACGUGACAUGACGUUUGGUUGGACAAUUAUUAAAAGUCGGAGCAAGAUUGAAAGAAUUCAUCUAAUGCCAAGGGCAUUGAGAUAAAGGCCAUGGGUGGACUUCGAAAUGUGUUUUUAUUAAUCAAUGAACAUUCAGAUCUGUGAAGAUAUGUAGUGUGGGCAUUGGUAAACAUGGGCUUAUUAGUGUAUGUGUGUUUUUACCCUACCCCAUUUAAAGAAAUAGUUUCAAAAAGUGUUGGGAAAAUCCUGUGUUUAGUAAUACUGAGUUCAAAAUAUCUUCCUAUCCCCAGAUUUGCAAACAUGUCUCUACUGAAAUUGAGAUUUCAGUAGCAGGCAGGCUCUGGGAGGCCUGGUGGAUUGCAGGUGAGCGUCACACGGGGGUCUUCGUGUGGGGGUCCAGGGUGCACUGCCUCACUCCUUGUGUGCUGUGUGGGGUCGCUCUGUCUGUGGGGAAAGUCCACAGUGAAGCCAGCUGGUUUCCUAAUUUUAACUGGAUGCUCCAACCCAGUUCAUCACUUUCCUAUAAGAACAAUAUCCUCACUGUGUAUCAUGUUAGCUGCUUUUUUGAAUCCCUUUCCUCAGAUUUUUCUAAGUUUAAAAGUUUAUUUUAUUUCCCCAAGGAAAGAAGAAACUAAUAUUUUUUUAAAAAAGCACCACUGGACUUCAUGGGAAGUGCUUUCUAAAUUAUAUCAAAGCUGGUCUUUAAUCAAUCUCAGACAAUGACUGGGGAAAACAGCCUUCAUCCGCGACAGCAUUUCUAUGUUGUCGAUUAGAUAAAUCUUUGUAAUGAUCACUGCAAAGAAAUCCCCUCAUAUUUGUUCUAUGACACUCUAUUCAAAGGAAAAUUAUCCUUGUUUUUCUGGUUUCUCUCUCUUUCUCUCUCUCCCUCUUGCAUAACAGAUUUCAGCUCAUUUAGAAUAAUUUCAGCUAAGUCCUAAGCAUUUUAACCAGCUGCGGAGGAACUUCGUUGCUGUCACUAUGGAGCUGUUGCUCAGGUGCCAAUUCUUGGCCCCCGCAACCCUUCUUCUGGCAGGAGCCCUCGCGUGUGGGUCUUCACAGGGGCCCUGCCACGCCUCCUGGGACCUCCCCCCAAUGGCAGCUCUUCCUUAGGCUGGGACACUUGGGAUUCCUGCCAAAACCUUCAGGGACACUUGUCACAUUUUUCAUUUCUGUGUGACUUUUUAAAUUUUCUCUUUCCUCUUCUUUUUUCUUUUACUACAAGAAGCACAAUUAUAAAUGCAUACUUUACACUGCACCAGGCAAUUUAAUCCCACUAAAGGAACCUGUUGUCAACGGACAUUAAUCACAGGUUAAUUUUUAGGAUUGUUUCUGGAUACAGUUCAAGUUCUGCUGGUUUUCAUUAGGAAACUACGUUAGUCUCAUUUAAAUUCUUUGGAAGUGGUUCGCAGCAUUGUUCUCUUCUCUAGCCUAAACUGGUGGCCACCUGUCAGCCCAAAGUGCACCCACAUUUUACGGGGAGGAGGAAGCCACAAAAUUUCUAAAAUGACUUCUGUAUCCACCCUUUUCAGGACUUACAUUACAGGUGCAUCAUACAUACUUUUUGGAGCAUGGAGAUCAAAAUUUUAUUGAGUGUUCCUGUGUUGCAAUAUUGAAAAUUCGGCACAUGUCAGAAGCAUCAGCAAUGGAGACCUGUUCUCUUUGAAAAUAUAGUUCCACUCUGCAGAGAGACUUAGAGCAUCAUCAAAACCAAGUUCAGAGACUGAUACAAUGUCUCCUGUUCCUAGUGAAAGCUGUCUCACAUAGUAUUUUUGAAAGACCAUAUGAGUUCAUACUAGAAAGCAGUCAAGCUGCUUACCCAUGACCAGAGCCAGAAUCAAUUCUCAUUCAAUAAACAUGUUUCACCUUGUUGGCGUGAUGAUGGUAACUAGUCAAGAACUGGAAAGGAGUAAAGUAGAGGCAGACAACCACUUUAUGGCAGUUUUUUAUCUAACAAUUUUAUUGCACAGAGAAUAAGAUUCCUCCCACCACAUGUAGUCAGAAAUGUGAGGCCCACAGCGCUUCAAACAGGAUCGUGUUUUUUCUCAGCUUGUUGGCAGAGUAAUUCCAGAGGGCCCGAGUACUAGGUGAAUGGUAGCUCAAAUGGCUCACAUGCUGGAUAAAUACAAGCUCGGAGCAAAAUCUUGCCAAGAAGAGGGUAUGGUGAGCCACCCUCUACAUGUUCAAAUAGAUUAAUUUUCUCUGAAAAUGCCAGUGCCUUGUUUAAAAUGAUUUAUUAUUUUGUCUGGAUGUUAUUGGUUCCAAUUCAAAGCAGGGGAUUGAUUGGCUGUUCUUUAAAGAAAAUCAUUCUUCUGUGCCUCUUUGAACUCAGGAAUAGGAAAUGACUAAGAAGCACAUCAUCUUCAGAGGUAUUUGUGCCCCCACUGGGGUGUGGCACAGGAAUAGGUGCCCAGGUGUGUUCAGAGUGAAGGUGAAACCAGCCUCGCCUCCCAGAAACUGACAUCACUUUCAUCUUACAUCCUCCUCCAAACACCUUAGUGUGUGCCCGGUGGUAGGAAUGCCAGUGAUGCCUGUGGGAGGUACAGACUGUUGUCACUGUCCCUCGUCAGGCAGGUCCGUAGCUGUAGGAAAAUCAGAGAGGCUGACGACAGUGGCCACAGACACGGUGAGCGGAAAGAGAACUGCACAGAAUAUUGCCUGCUGUUUUUUAUCUUUAUAUUUUAAGUCAGUGUCAAAGCUGCUUCACAAGUCCACAAAGUUGUUUAUUUAGGUUAAGAAAGUUAACUGUUUUCUCUGCUAAAGUUGAUUGCUCUUCCUCUGUACCAUGACUGUUGGCAAAAUCGCAUUUGAACUUCCGUACUUUGAAAGAAAGCCCAGUAUGAACCUUUAACCUAAGCACCUAUGUUCACCACCAAGCACUACAUCAUCGGCAAGGAAAAUGCACAAGUUUGGCCCAAUGUAGGAUUCUCCAGAGGAGUGUGCCUAACCCUUUGUGUUGUGUCACUGGCUGUGACUUGAACAUGGUACGUUAAAAGCCUCAUUCUGUUCCUUUGCUGUUGCUGUUUUGUGGUACAAAAUAAACUUAUUUGGGAUUGUUUCUUUUUUUAAAAGGAUAUAUAUAUUCAUAUCUGGUUGCCCUGUUGGAAUGCUUGUGGAUUGCCGACUAUUUCCUCACAGGGCCAGUGAACACACCACACAUUUUUUCCAGUUCUUACAUUCAGUGUGAAAUACAAAUUUCCAGUGGUCUUCACUUUCACCUUGUCUGUUCAUCAGUUCGCUGGUCUUAAAUGCUCACUUGAGAGCUGCCCAGGUCUGUGUCUAAGAAAGUUGUUUACUGACACCUCACAGAUACCGUGUUUUCAAAAACUGGCUGAAGACACCAAUGGCAGCAGCCCAGGGAGCUCAUUGCCUGUUUCAUUGGCUCAGUUGUGGGAGUUCAGAGAUGGAGGGUGGACAAAGGGGGUUACCCGGCCAAUCAGCAGAAACCACCUCACACCUCUCCCGGCCUGGACUAGGAGGAAAACAGGCAUAUUUAUACGUUAAAACGAGCUAUCGUUAUGGAGGUGAAAGUGCAGUCCUCGUUCACUGCUCUUGGUAAGUUGCCAAUUCCUGUAAACCAAACUAAUUCAUCUUUUUUAAAAACAAUAAAUUCAUGAAGAGCGAUCCUAAGUACUGGCAAUGGCACAGCACUCUUCCUUUCACAGCAACCCCCGCUUCACCUCUGUCUGGGAACAAUAAGAGAGCCCUGAUUAUGUACAGUGAAAUUGUAUUAUAUUUUUUGUACUUAGGUUUUAUGUAAAUAGUUUGUCUCAUUCAAUUGUAUGUGAGCAUUGAAAUAAAUCCUACCAUUUAGGAAACAA